GUUCAUAUCAGUAUGACCUACAAUUUUCGCGGGGUCGUUAUCGACAAUGGGUCCGGUACGUGCAAGGCAGGAUUCGUCGGACAGCACAGUCCCAGUACGAUAUUUUCGACCGUUGUCGGUCAUCCUCGUCAACUUGAACGAUGGAGUGAAAGAGGAUUGAAAGAUACGUACAUAGGAAAUGAGGUGAUAAACAAGCGCGAUUUUCUGACUCUCGGCUACCCGGUCGAACGCGGAUUUAUAACGAACUGGGACACAAUGGAAAAAGUCUGGCACCACACGUUCUACAACGGAUUGCGUGUUGACCCCGAAGAAUACUCCGUUCUUCUCUCCGAAGUUCCGCUGAAUCCCAAAGAGAAUAAAGAAAAAAUGGCUCAAAUCAUGUUCGAAACAUUCAAAGUGCCGUCUAUUUUCGUCGCUAUGCAAGCGGUUCUCGCGAUGUACUCGACAGGUUACACGACGGGUGUCGUUCUCGACUCCGGUCAUGGUGUUUCUCACACGGUCCCCGUCUUCCACGGUUUCCCUCUCAACCACGCCAUCAAGCGUCUCGACGUCGGCGGCCGGGAUUUGACGGAGCACCUCAUGAAGAUGCUCAACGAGCGUGGCGACGCAUUCAUGACCGAAUCAACAAGAAAAGACGCGAUAAAAAUAAAGGAAACGCUAACCUACGUUGCGCUCCACUUCACAACCGAAAUGGAUAAUUCACUAAACGAUCCAUCACUAGAAAAACAGUACGAACUGCCAGACGGACAAAUAAUCACGCUUGGCACUGAGCGUUUCCGCUGUUCGGAAGGUCUCUUUAAUCCCAGUUUGACUGGAGUGGAGGCACCAGGAAUUCAGUCGGCUAUGUUUGACUCGGUCCAGAAGUGUGACGUCGAUAUGAGGCGUGAUAUGUACGGGAACAUUCUGUUGUCUGGAGGCAGCACUAUGUUUCCCGGAUUUUCUGACCGACUACGCGUCGAACUGUUAGAGAAAGUACCGCCAUCGUUGCAAAUCAAUAUAAAAGCGCCUACAGAGCGCAACCACAGUGUCUGGAUUGGUGGCUCCGUUCUAGCCUCACUUGAAGAAUUUCGUGACAUGUUUAUAGCUAAGAGUGAGUAUGACGAGACAGGUCCAUGCGUGGUUCACUCAAAAUGCUUCAUCUAACGUCAUAACUCCUCGGUAGGAAUUAACACGAGCAAAUUAAAUUAAUUUUGGUUUAGCUAACUGGUGACUGUUGCGGGUGUUACAUUGAGCACUGCAUGCGCGCUACAAAUCAAUUCUAGAAUCUAAUUUUGAGCAGUUUCUCAUCAAUUAAACAAGUGAAACAACG